CCAGUGUGCGUGUGCGCGCCGAGAGGGACGGGUGUCUGUAGAGAAGGACAGCGGCGCCAAUUACUAUCACCUGGCGGGCUGCUACCGCAUUACCCAUCGCCGCCGCGCGCGUGACCACGCGAUUCGCUCCAACCGCUCUGCUUGCGAUCGAUCGCAAUGCAUAUUCGGUCAUGCAUCGGACUUUAAUAGUGACAAAAACUGUGAAGUGACUGUGACAUUUACGUGAUUUAGUGAAAAUGACCUCCCAGUUCGCGUUUCGUGGAUCUCCUCCCAAUCAGAGCACCAUAUCGACAGCCUCCAACAGUCCACCUCCGGCGCAGGCUGGGAUGAGCGGUGGGGCGGGCGGCGGCGGUCCAGGGCGGGCUAGCUCUCCCGCAGCGUCUGCGACGCGCUGCUGCGACACCGGCCGCCCCAUCUUCCAAGAUCCUAUCACAGGCCAGACGGUCUGCUCCUGCCAAUACGAGUUUCUCAACUACCAGCGGCUCGCUUCUGGCGUGCCUCUCUCUAUGUACAGUUCACCUUAUCCUGACGCAGCUGCUGCAGCCGGCAUGGCGGCCUACUUCCCAGCGCUUGCUGCUGACCAGCCACCUUUCUAUGCUAAUACGGCUGCGGGAAUUGAGCUGAAAGAAAACUUGGCAGCCAGUGCCGCGAGUUGGCCCUACCCUACUGUAUAUCAUCCUUACGAUGCCGCAUUCGCUGGAUAUCCUUUUAAUGGCAGAUAUGGAAUGGAUCUCAAUGGAGCAAGGCGGAAAAAUGCAACCCGCGAAACGACGAGUACGUUAAAGGCAUGGCUCAACGAGCAUAAGAAAAACCCAUAUCCAACUAAAGGAGAGAAGAUAAUGUUAGCCAUCAUAACGAAGAUGACUCUUACACAAGUUUCAACGUGGUUUGCAAACGCCCGCAGGCGUCUCAAGAAGGAGAACAAAAUGACGUGGGAGCCACGGAACAGAGUGGAUGAUGAUGACAAUAACAAUGAUGACGAUGACCACAAAAGCAACGACGGAAAGGAUGGAUUGGAUGGAAAAGACUCCGGCACUGGUUCCAGCGAAGAUGGUGAUAGGCCACAACAAAGGUUAGAUUUGUUGGGUCAACGGACUGAAUCUGAGUGGUCUGAAUCACGAGCUGACAGCGGUCCAGAAUCGCCUGAGCCAUACGAGCGGCCUAUACAUCCAGCGUUCCAGCAUCUGCCAUCAAGAGCUCCACCGGGAAGCACGCCCGCAUCAGCGAAGCCGAGGAUAUGGUCUCUCGCAGACAUGGCAAGUAAAGACGGGGAAGUGCCGGCACCACCCGCCUCCGCGUCUGCCUUCUAUCAGUCCGCAGCUGCCGCGGCAGCCGCCCGCCUCGCUCACCCAUACCGACCGGAGCUGUACCGCGGCCUUUACCCCCCGACGCAUCCAGCAGAUGUCGCCCUUCUGGAGUACUCCCGCUCUCUCGCUCUGGCUGCUCCCGCCCCGGCUCCCCCCGCGCCAUCCCCGUCGUCGUCCUCCACGUCGUCCCUUGCCGAGCCCCCUCCCCCCUCCCGCGCCUGACCGCUCGCCGCACGUCUACACCUGGCGCACCGACAAUAAACGCGAUCGGCCCGUGAGUGACGCGAUACACCUGUAAAUAUCAAUAUAAAUAUACAUACGUAUAUAUGCGUGAUAAUUUAUGCACCGGUAGAGAAGCUUAGAAUUGUGAUAGUGGACAGAGGCGAGCCGUGAGGUUGACAACUCGCAAACGACGUCGCUGCGAAUGCGCCGACUGACCGACAAUACUAGGUGCUAACUCAAAUUGGACCUUGCGAAAUGUUACUGUAGUUAUUAUUGGAGGUGGUUGAGAUGCAGUGAUUAAAUAAAAAUAGGUAUUAAUACGCGUAACGUUUCUACAAGAUAGACGUGACUAUUUUAGACUAUUAUUUAAUAUGUAGUGUAAAUUAUUAUUUUGAAAAUGUUCUCCUUAUAUUUAGUGCCUAAUUACGUCCAAUUUUCUCUAUUGUGUAAUAGUUUCGUAAACGUCUAUCAUACGAAUUAUAAUACUUAUUUAUUGAUACGAGGUCAGUAGUAAUAGCUGUUUGUUUGCGAUAUUAUCUACAGAUUGCAGAUUUUGAGAAAUCUGAUUUGUUUGUUUCUAGUCAGACGACUAUCAUUGUCUUUGUUAAAUAUAAAAUGAAACGUUUCUGCGAACUACACUUUAGUAAGGAAUUGGUAUGAAUAAGAGGCUGGGCCACUAUUCCUGAUGCACAUGAUACAUUGUACUAAUAACGGCCGUAGCAUAAAAUAGAGUCAUUAAUUAAAAAAACAUUGAAAAUAUUGUAUAUGUCCCAGUCUUAAUUCCUAAGCAAAGAUUCCUUUUUUCGUAUGUUAAAUCUAAUAAAUAUCCUAUUUUAAUUUUAAAUAUAUUUUACUGUGUCUAUUCAGAAAGAAUAUCUUUAAUGGCCUUGUAUAAUGUAAUAAAGUAGUUGUAUAGUGAUAUAAACAUUUGUUUCUAUAUAGUGUAAAAUAUUUCCAACAUUAUAGAGACUGAAAGUCCAAAAUUGAGUCUAUAGUUUUGUACAUACAUACAUACGUCUCUGUUAUUAGUAAAUAUGUAAUCGUAUAAUAAAUAUUUAAGAGUGAUAACACAAUAAUAUCUGUAUCACCAGAUUCGCAUGUAAAUAAACUGAUAAAUGCGUAUGCAACGAACGUAUUUUCGAACUAUAGUGAUUAGUUAUUUGUGAAAAA